AUGACCACCUGCAGACAACUGACCGACCGAAUUGACUGACCACUGCCUUUGUUCCCCGCCAGAACCCACAGAGUUACUGCCCAUCUAAUCAUCUUAAUCUGUCUUUGGUGAACACUGAUUAACGAGCUCAUCGCUUGGUCACGUUCCUUGAGCCAGUCCUUUCGAUUGCACAGUGCUCUCACAAAUGGCGACACCGCAACCACCGUAUCACCACCCUGGCCCGUCAAAUUAUCACCAGCACCAUCCACCUCCAUAUGCUUAUGGUACUCAUAGUCCAGCACCUCCGCCGGGUCACGCUCCGUACCAGUACCAAUACCCAAUGCCUCCAGUGAACGGGCACGGUCAGCCAAUGCAUGCUUCCUCUUCGGCCCGUGGCCGCGGGUAUCUUCCGCCGAGAGGCGGACAAAAUUACCAGAACUACCAUCAUCGUCCAUCCCCUCACCACCAUUAUCCGUAUCCUUCCCAUACUCCUCAUUACCCGCCACCUCACUCGCAUCCACACAACAAGUACCCCCAUUCAAAUGCACAGUCUGUUCCCUAUUCACCCACAUAUGCCACUCAUCCUUCAGCCACUUACCCUCCUGCGUGGCAACCUCAGCAGCCUCUCUCUCCCCUACCGAAACAACUCUCAAUGCUCACCCAGCUCUCCUCAGCAUUCAACCAGCCGUCUCUGCAGGGUGACUCUGCACUCCCCUCACCCAACGAUGAGACUCCAAAACCUGAUGCAGACCAACCUGCUGAUACCAUCACCAAACAGGAAACACCAGAAAAAUCAGAUAUCCAGUUGGAAGCGUCCCAACCACCCUCCGUAUCCCCACCGCCGUCCCCGGCUGUGCCACAAGGCGCUAUUGCCUCCCCAGUAUUGCCGUCGUCCACCCAUGCUUCUUCACCCGCUACAUUGUCCCCCCUCGUGCCCGUUAAAGAGGCCGAGUAUGUCAUCUGGUCAAGACGACCUACUGACCCGUCGGGCGCACCUGGCAUCAUUAUUUCUCCACGGGCGCGACCUCCAGAUCAUAUCAGACGAAAAGCUCUAGACCUCCCCUCUCCUCCUUUCCCGGUACUCCCUCGAGAAGCGCUUCAACAACCAUCCGUGGAGCCCCAACCCGAAGAUGUUGAUAUGUCAUCAACCUCCGUUCCAGAGACCGCUAAACCUGAACCCGUUGAUAUGUCAUCCAUUUCCAUUACGGAGACCGCUAAACCUGAAACCGUUGAUAUAUCAUCAGCCUCUGCCACAGAGACCACGACCGCGGCAUCCUCUGCAGUCAACACGUCCGUUCCCACGUCACCUAUUUCCACGAACACAUCCAUCUCACUUGCGAUAACCUCACCCCCGACCAAGAUGGGGCAGGACUCUCUGUCCGUGCAUGUAGCCACUCCGCAAGUCGACUCAGUACCAUUGUCUUCCGAUCCAGUCCUUGAUGCUAUCCCCGAACCAACUCUUCCAGCUCCCUCGUCUACUCCUUCUACUCCAUCUCAGACCUCAAAACCUCCUACCGGCCCGCGUCCGAGCUUUGCAUCUCUCCUCCGUCGAGACAAUUUUACGCCGUCCAAGCCGAACGCACUACCAAGAUCUUCCGUUGUUGGGAUUUCUAUCCCCGCGUCUACUCCUUCAGUGACAUCCAACACAUCUUCCAUCUCGCUCAAUAAGAAACCAGAGCUAUUGUCCCUGUUGAUGUCUGGUCCUUCGAACUCACCAUUGAUGAAGAUUUAUCCACGAGGACUCGUGAAUACUGGGAACAUGUGUUUUGCAAAUGCUGUGCUGCAGGUGUUGGUGUAUUGUCCACCCUUUUGGAGGUUGUUCUACGAAUUGGGCAAGGUGAUGGACAAGUCACCGGAUACGGUUACGGGUGGGGAGCAGAGUCGGACUCCGUUAGUAGACACCACAGUUCGGUUCAUUAGGGAGUUUAUUCCGAAGCAGAAGAAAGCGACGGCGCCGGAAGGUAAAGGUAAGGCUGUCGAUAGGACAGCUUAUGGGGAGGAGGAAGAUGACGUGAUGGAAUCAUUCAUUCCUGCGUAUGUUUAUGAUGCAUUGAAAGAGAAGAAGCGGUUUGAUCAUAUGCGGGGCGGACAUCAAGAAGACGCAGAAGAGUUUCUAGGAUUCUAUUUAGACACACUGGAGGAAGAGCUUUUAUCUAUCACGGCGUCUUUACAGUCCAAGAAUGCGAAUGAUCCGGGAUAUUCGGAGAGACAACAAAAUGGCAGUGCGGCGGAGGAUGGACCGUGGCUUGAGGUUGGAAAGAAAAAUCGAACGGCGGUUACAAGGACGGUGAACACGACAGAGUCGCCGAUUACGAGGAUAUUCGGUGGAAAGUUUCGUUCGACUUUGCGUGUACCGCACCAAAAAGAUUCGAUCAUCUUCGAGGAUUGGAGAUCCUUACGACUGGAUAUUCAGCGCGACCAAGUCCACACCCUCAAAGAUGCCCUCUCCUGCAUUUCAACGCCACAAUCUGUGCAAGUGACAUCUGUCACAAAGCCAGGUGCUGUCCUCGAUGCGAAGCAAAUCGUUCAAAUCGAGACGUUACCUCCAAUUCUGGUCCUUCAUCUGAAACGAUUCUUGUACGAUGCGAAUGCGGGUGGUACUGCGAAAGUGGGGAAGCAGGUGUUGUUUGACGCAGAACUUGAGGUUGGCAGUGAUGUUAUGGCGCCCGGACGAAAGAUUCAAACAACACGGUACAAGCUUUUCGGAGUCCUCUACCACCACGGUACAUCCGCAUCGGGGGGGCACUACACCCUUGACGUUCUACAUCCCAACAUUGCCAUGAACCCUACCAAGCCUCGCGAAGGCUGGAUCAGGAUAGAUGAUGAACUUGUUUCAGACGUGUCCCCUGAAGAUGUAUUUGGGACGCACGCGCGGGACGAUCGGUGUGCAUACUUAUUAUUUUAUCGGAGAGUCGGUGGGGGUGGGGGAGGAGCACGGACGUGACCUGACAAAGGAAUUAUUGCAUUGUCGUCGCACUUGUUUUCUGGAAAUUACUAUCUCGUUUAAUGCUAGAUAUUCGACUGUAUGUACACCAAAUGUCGUGUCCUGCACUCUCGAGAUAUCACUGCCUGUAUCGUCGCUCUACCCCUGCUUUCAUGCAUAUAUAUGCCUGAAUUUACAGUGACUGCCGAGAAUGGAUGGGACCACAGCAGGUUCUUGAAAAGUGGGGACU